AUGUCGAUUGUGGAACCAGAACCACAUGCGCUCGUAUGGACCCGUCAUCACUCACAACGCAGCUCCACUCGGACGCGCCAGUAUGAGUACAUGGCCGGUGAAGCGGACACCCUCUGUCUGAUGCCGUCAUCCAUGCGACUGUUGUGCGCUCUACUGUGUGCUCUGCUCAUCUGCUCAUUAGCCGCUGCAAUCUUCAACACUCUUCAAGGCAGCGCUAAGGGAUCGACGAGUUUCUGCAAGCGACCCGAUGAGCCAUUUCGACCAAACGUUUUAUGCCCACGUGAGUCAAUGUUCUUUUACUACAGCUGCUGUUUGCAUUCAAAUGGCAAGGAUCUCAGAUGUUGCGCUCAAAUUCGAGUUUGGCUAUUAAUCGCAAUUGUUUGCGUGACCCUAUCCUGUGUCAUUGGAUUAUCGUACACCAUUUUCUGGUACUGCUGCGAUUGCGAGAAGACUAACAGUGUCUUGGCAACUCCACUAUGA